AAUUGUGGGAUAAGGUUUUAUUGGAGUGUAUUAAAUAAAUCUUUUGUGAAAACUAACUUGCAAAAUUAAAAAGAAAGCUAGAAUAUAGAAAAGAAUUACAGACAUUAUUAGAAAAAUGGCUAAUGAAGUAUUAGUAGACGCCCUUCCAUAUAUUGACCAAGGAUAUGAAGAUCCGGGUGUUAGAGAAGCGGCUAUGGCCAUGGUAGAAGAAGAAUGCAGAAGGUAUAGGCCAACAAAGAACUACUUAGAAUAUUUACCGGCACUUAACACAGGAUGUGCUUUUGAAACUGAUUUGAUGAAAAAUGAGUUUGAACGUUUAGCUUCACGAUUGCCAUUGGAAACUCUUAACAUGAAACGGUAUGAAUUGCCACCUCCGACAAAAGUAGGUGAAGUGUCUGCUUGGAACGAAAGCGUGGAGAACUCCAUGGCUCAACUAGAACACCAAAAUGUUCGAAGAAUAAACCUUGAUUUAAUGCUCGAAUACGGAUGUGAAGCGUGGAAGUCGAAUUUAGACAUGUUUGCAGCAAUGCAAGCAAAAGCUCAAGAUAGGUGUCAAACUUUAAAGAAAGAGAUCCAAGAUAUAAACUGGGAACGGAAGGAUAAGCAAUUGAAGGCAGGCGAAAAAUUAAAACAGUUGGAAGCUCAUUGGGUUCAUUUGGUUUCAAAAAACUACGAGAUUGAACAAGCUUGUGCAAAACUAGAGAAUGAAAUUCAAAGAAAGCGACCGAAAAGAGAUGAAAACACGGUGAAUGAAGCUCUUGAAAAUGCUGACUUACCCGUAGAAAAGGCACAAAAUGAUGAAAAUAUAGCAAAGCAAAAGGAAAUUAUGUAAUUGAUUUUUGUAAAAAUUCAAGACCAAAAUAAAAAUAUAAAAAUAAG